GUCGCGGUAGUCCCCCUCUCUCCUCCUCUGAGCUCUGUUUACCAGUCCGGUGGUCUCCGUCCGUCCCCGGUGCCGCUGUGAGUCUUUGUCCGCUGAAACAGUGAGGAUGUGCGGGCUGCAGCUGCUCCGGGAGUCGGUCCGUGAGCGGAUGAUGUCCGCCGCGGAAGCCUUCCUGCUGCAGCUGGAAAAAGGAGCAGCAGAGGCGGCUGGAGUCCCGGCGCUGAGGGCGCUGCUCACCGAGCGGCUAACGGCGGCGGCGGAGGAGAUCGUGGCUCUGCUGGAGGAGACCGUGGCGGAGUACGAGGAGCGCGUGCAGCGCUCAGAGCGGGAAAUCUGCCGCCAGAGGAGGCUGCUGGAUGCCGUGAUGAGGAUCCACAGAGCAGAUGACCAUCAGCCGUUGGAGAGUAGAGGCGACGUUCCCCAGGAGGACACCGAGGCCCCGCCCAUUAAAGAGGAGCAGGACGAACUGUGGAGCAGUCCAGCUGACGGGACUAAGUUCCCUUUCAGUCCUGUUCUUGUGAAGAGUGAAGAUGAUGAUGAUGAUGAAGAGAAACUCCAGUCUGCACAGCUUUAUCAGAGACAAAGUGAAGAGGAGUCAGGAGCUGAUGGAGAGGACUGUGGAGGAGCAGGACUGGAGAGGGACUCUGGUUCAGAGGGACAUUUACCACCAAAGACUCAGGUCAAGACUAAAGUCUCCUCUAGGAGUGAGACUGCAGACGGAGCUGAUGACUGGAUCAGUACCAGACAGCCUGAGUCUAACAGUAACUCUGUGACUGAUGAAGGAGGGGGCACUCCAGAGGAACCCCUCGUGUGUUUUAGAGAAGCAGAGUCAGACGGGGACUCUGAUCCAACGACAUGUUUAGGACCAGUGAGUGAAGAGAACUCCAUGGACUCUGCAGAGACUGACGACAGUGAUUUAAAGUGGACUCAAACAAGCGGUCAGUCGGGUUCAGACGGUCAGAAACACAGUGAAGCUGCUGAGAGCGACUUAGGAUCUCCAGAGAAGGAGCGGCCUUUCCCGUGCUCGUACUGCGGGAAGAGAUUCAGCCUGAAGGGGAAUCUUAACCGACACAUCAGAGACCACACUGGAGAGAGACCAUUCCCCUGCAGCAGCUGUGAGAAAUCCUUCAAAGACAGCGGAUCUCUAACGGCUCACAUGAGGUGUCACACCGGAGAGCAGCCGUACAGCUGCCUGUUCUGUGGGAAGAACUUCAGUGGGCGAGGGAACAUGACCCGACAUAUGAGGAUCCACACUGGUGAGAAACCCUUCACCUGCACCCUCUGCAGUAAGAGUUUUCACGUCAAAGAACACCUGAACCGCCACAUCAAGUACCACACUGGGGAGAAACCCUUCAGCUGCUCCGUAUGUGGGAAAGGAUGUGCCCAGAAAACAGACCUGAAGAAACACAUGAGGGUUCACACUGGGGAGAAACCGUUCAGCUGUCCAUUCUGCGGGAAAUGCUGUGCUGAGAAAGGAGAUCUGACCAAACACAUGAGGGUCCACACCGGAGAGAAACCGUUCAGCUGCAACAUCUGUGGGAAAAGCUGUGCCCAGAAGGGGAGCCUGAAAAUUCACAUGAGAGUUCACACAGGGGAGAAACCAUUCAGCUGUUUGGUCUGUGGGAAACGUUUCACUGUGACCGGACAUCUGAAGAGACACAUGAAGCUGCACAUGGCAGCUGAUGGUCAGGAGGCGGAGCCUACAGAGACAGAGCCAACCAAAGGACAACAGGAAGUGGGGUCUGUUGAUCUGAUUAAGACAUAGCAGGGGAAGGAUUCAGGUAUCUGAACAUGUUCAACAUGGUCUCAGACUCAUGGCGAUCACCUCUUUAUCACUAAGGGACAGCUGUUGAUCACUACAGAGGGGGAUCAAAUCUAUCAGUACGACUUUAAUCCAUGAUGUAAAAUAUAAGAUGUGUAGUGGAGUAAACAGAGGAGCUGCUUCCCACCACACUGAUAAAAAAGAUGUCUGCCUUCAUCAUGUCGCUCUCUAACAAGCUGCUCACUUCUGUGUGUUUGUUUUUACUUAAAUGGACUGAUUCAUGUUAAAAGUCUUUGACUUUUGCAGCACUUUUCUUGUCUUUUGGCCACUCUAAGCGCUUUAACACUACAUGUCAUAUUCACACUCUGACAACAGAAGCUGCUAUUCUAAAUCCCUACCUGCCCGUCAGUGUUACUCAAACAUCCUCCACAUGUGACUGCAGGAGCUUGGAAAGGAGCCUCCAACGUUCUGGUGCAGUGAUGACCUGCUCUACAGCUGAGCCACCGCAGACAUCAGAGAUAGACUGUUUGUGAAUGAGAUGAUGCUCAGUUCAUCUAAAUCCGGAUUAUCUGGAUUUUUAAGAUCUGGAUUGUUGUUUAAAUUUAACACCAGCCUGUCAGAUGUCUCACAGUUUGGAUUCAAAUUCUUAUUAAACACAAAGAUUCACAAACAUCAUGAUCGUGAUGUGGUUAAAAGGGGAGGAGCAUUAAGACAUGCUGACUUUAUGAAUAUAAACAAUAGUGUCUUAUAUUUCUGUUUUACAAAGAAACAAACUAGAUUUAUACAUUCAGAUAUAUGUGAACAUAAAGAUUCCCAUGUAGGCUGCUGUUGUUAUCUGUUGCGUUUUGUGAAAUGAUGUCAAACAGCUGUUUUAUUUUCCUCUGGAGUUUUGUUUUUUGCUGCCUGAGGCUUGAGCUUUUUUUGGAAUGAAUUUGUUUGUUUCUCCCACUCAUUUGGGAUUAGUGAGACCAGGUAAGUUUUUAUAACAUUUCAGUCAUCAAGAACGGAGAGAAUUAUUGUGUAGCCGUUUUAAAUUAGACCUCAAGGAACUCUUCAUGCCAAGAAUAAACAUUUCUACUAAAGUUCUGAAACAAAUUCUCCCAAACAAAGAAAUUUACAUAAAAUGCCAAAAUUUUCAAGGCAAAUUUCUCCCAAAACCUCCAAUGAAAAUAUGCAAAUAUAUCCCUAAAAUUACUGUGAAAUAUUGAAACGGUGAUGUAGACCAAGAGGACUGUUAUUAGAGAUGUGGAGAACAGUGCAGCCAAUGACCACUACCCAGAGUACGUGAUGUGACAGUAGCAGCCUACAUGUUUUUAUUUGUUUAUAUAGAAAAUCUCAUGUAUAACAUACAUACAACAGAAGCUAAUGCUAAUCCAAUGAGGACAAUAAGUCUUAAUGUGAAGAUAUUUUUUAAAAGGAAACAGCCAAGUUUCAUUUAUGUCCUUCAAACAGAAAGAGAUGGAGAAACCAGACAAGUGUCUGAUAAACAGGAAGGAUUAAUCUUUGUUUUACCAGUAUUAUUGAUUUUAAUCAGCCAACCCCUUCACCUCUCUCCACCAGAAGCCUUAAAUAACUUAAACAUAAAUGCCUGGCCAAAGAAACCCCUCUAUACUUAGGUAACCAAUACGUGAAUGAAAUGAGUCUACCAGAACCGGUAACUUUAACAGAUAAAUUCACACAGAGGAGUUGUAUGUGUAUGCUGUGUUUAUUUAUUAUUAUUUGUUUAUUUUAUUUUUCUAUGAUAGCAGUAAUGAAAAAGGUGGGAGCGUGUUAAAUCACAUUUACUGGGCAGCAAAAGAAAAGCUAGAAAAAUAUAAGAGUAAAGAUCUCAACAUGUUUGACCUUUUCUAUUUUUGUAAACCUAAAUACUG